UAGGUUCACGUCACUGGGAAAUUCCAGUGGGGAAGUAAAUUGUAUUAACAACUGUCCAAUUCACGUUCUAGUUGUCUUUUGUUCUUAACCAUUUGACAUAUACCAUCAUUGCUCAAUUUAAACACAUGUAUUCAGUCUGAUCGGAUAACACUGGUGGUGGACGACAUCUGCCGCUGUUUAAUUAGCUCUAGCUGCUACUAUACUAGAUACUGUAGCAGCUUGCUAAUGAGUUCACCCAAACAGCAUGGCGCAAUAGGUGCGAAACUCAGUUCAAAUUAGGUAGGGACUGCCACUGCAAUUUCAUGUUGGAAUCGGAUUUGUGACCUCCUAAAGCAGUCACAGACACAAACAUGGCUGAUGAGGAUUACCUGUCAAAUCAAACCCCGUUCUAUGAACCACUAUGGGAUAUCUCAUCUUACUCGGACAUACCACAGCGAACAGUGGAUGGCCCGUACCUUCAGAUCACUGAGCAGCCCAAACAGAGGGGCUUCCGUUUCCGGUACGGCUGCGAGGGGCCGUCUCACGGCGGGCUCCCGGGAGCGUCCAGUGAGAAGAACAGGAAGUCCUAUCCUCAGAUCAAGAUCUGUAACUAUCAGGGCAUGGCUCGCCUGGUGAUCCAGCUGGUCACCAACUCCAGCAGCCCACACCUGCAUGCUCACAGUCUGGUGGGCAAGCAGUGUGACAAGGGCAUCUGCAUCGCUGACCUGCAGCCCAAAGACUCCUGCCUCAGUUUCCCCAACCUGGGGAUCCUGCAUGUGACCAAGAAGAACGUGAUCAAGACCCUGGAGGAGAGGAUGAGCGAGGCCUACAGGAUGGGCUACAACAGUGGGCUCGCCAUCCACCCGGAAAUAGACGUCUACCAGGGAGAGGUCCACUUCCCCAGGGAGCUCACAGAGCAUCAGAAGAGCCUGAUCAGCGGAGCAGCAGGUCAGCAGUCUAAGGAGAUGGACCUGAGUGUGGUCCGUCUCAUGUUCACGGCCUUCCUGCCGGACAGCGACGGGGGCUUCUCUCGCCGGCUGGACCCCGUCAUAUCAGACCCCAUCUUCGACAGCAAGGCCCCUAACGCCUCCAACCUGAAGAUUGUGAGGAUGGACAGAACGGCCGGCUGUGUGACUGGAGGAGAGGAGGUCUAUCUUCUCUGUGACAAGGUUCAGAAAGAUGACAUCCAGGUGCGUUUCUACGAGGAGGACGAUAGGGGGAUGACCUGGGAGGCCAUGGGAGACUUCUCCCCCACCGACGUCCACCGGCAGUUUGCGAUCGUCUUCAAGACCCCCAAGUACCGGGACCUGAACCUGCAGAAGCCCACGUCGGUGUUGGUGCAGCUGAAACGCAAGUCUGACAACGAGACGAGCGAGGCCAAGCCCUUCAUCUACCACCCUCAGAUCAUAGACAAGGAGGAGGUUCAGAGGAAGAGGCAGAAGACACUCCCAAACUUCCAGGACUUCAGCGGAGGAGGAGGCAUGUUCGGAGGCGGAGGGGGCGGGCCCACAGCGGGGGGCGGGCCUGGCACGGGGGGAGGAGGUUACUUUCAGGGCUAUUCCACCUACAACAACUACAGCACAGGUUAUGGAGCAGGGUUCUCCACCAGUAUGAGUGGAGGUGGGGGUGGCAUUAAACAUGCCCCUCAGAGCAGAGCGGAGGACAGCAGAGAUGACGGCAGCGACCCAGACGAUGACCCAGCCUCGGGGGCCAUUCUGAGGGUCAGAGCCCAGCCGGGGCCCACCGCUCCUGGGGAGCUGGAGGAGGAGGGAGGGGCGGAGGUGGAGCCGGAGGGUGGGUCAGGAGAGACAGACAGAGCGUGUGUGUGGGAGGACAGGCUGGUGAGGGUAGCAGAGAGACACGCAGCAGCUCUGUUUCAGUACGCCGUCAGUGGAGACGCCCGCUGCCUUCUGGCCCCACAGCGCCACCUACUGACCACCCAGGACGAGGACGGAGACACGGGUCUCCAUCUGGGAGUGAUCCACAGCCAGACUGCAGCAGUGACGAGUUUGGCCCAGGUCAUAGCUGGCCUGCCUGGAGAGGAGGGCCUCAACAUGAGGAAUGACCUGUACCAGACUUCUUUGCACCUAGCUGUGAUCACCCAGCAGAAAGAGGUGGUCCAGGCCCUCCUAUUAGCCGGGGCUGAUGUCACUAUGGCCGAUCGCCACGGCAACACAGUGCUGCAUCUGGCUGCCCAGCAAAAGGAGGGAGGCAUGCUGGGAUUCCUGCUGCAACACCAGGAAGUGACCGAACUAGUGGAGCUCCCCAAUGCAGCAGGUGUGUGUGCGGUGCACCUGGCCGUGCUGGCUGACAGCCUGGCCUCGCUCAGGGCUCUCCUGCAGGCCCGUGCCAGCGUGGAGGUCCAGGAGAGGAGCUGCGGGCGCACCUCCCUCCACCUGGCCACCGAGAUGGACAACGUCUCCCUGGCUGGGUGCCUGCUCCUGGAGGGCAACGCCAGCGUGGACUGCUGCACCUACAACGGCUCCACCCCCCUGCACAUCGCCGCUGGACGGGGCUCUGUGAAACUCACCGCCCUGCUCAUCGCCGCUGGUGCUGAUCCUCACAGAGAGAACUUUGAGCCUCUGUUCUUCAGAGAGGAAGACUGCUGCGGGGAGGAGGAAGAGGAGGAUGAAGGCUAUAUCCCGGGAACAACGCCGCUCAACAUGGCUGCCAGCGCUGAGGUGUCGGAGGUCCUGAACGGGAAGGAGUACGAGCCAGAGACCCCCUUCACAGUCUGCGUCCCUCCUCAAGGGGACAUGGGGACCCUGGGCCCGGACACCAAGCAGGCUCUGUGCCAGGUGCUGGAGGGGGCGUGUGGAGGCUGGGAGAGCCUGGCUCGGGCCCUGGGGAUGGGCAUCCUCAGCUGUGCCUUCAGACUCAGCCCCUCGCCCGCCACUACGCUGCUGGACAGCUACGAGGUGUCUGGGGGUACAGUCAAGGAGCUGGUAGCCGGGUUAGAGGCUGUGGAAAACCACAUGGCUCUCACUGUCCUACAGGGGGCGCUGAAUACCACCAAGGAUGUUGCAGUCUCCCAAAGCACAACAGAGCUCCAGGAUGUGUGUGUCUCCGGGCCGCUGGAGGACCUGAAGCUCGACGGCCAGCAGGACAGCGGCUGGUGUGACAGCGGCGUGGAGCUGUCCACAGCGUGAACGCCUAGCAACGCAAACGCCUAGCAACGCAACCCCAGUCUCCCUAGACGACCCCCCGUCUCUCUAGACGACCCCCCGUCUCUCUAGACGACCCCCCGUCUCUGUAGACGACCCCCCAUCUCCCUAGACGACCCCCUCUCAAAUGCCAGUGAGAGAUCGCCACCACAACCCACUCUCCGACUGGAAGGGACUUUGCAUAUGCACUCCUAGGACAUCAAAGACUUCUUUUUAUAUGACAUGAAACUUUUUUUAUAUAGUGUUGCUAUUAAUAUUUCUUUUUUUAUGAGUAAAGAGAACAUGUUUAAAUGACUGUCAGUGAAACUGUUGGAAAUCUUACUAAUGAAUUAUUUGUUAGUAUACUCAACUGAGUACUUUCAAGGGAAAGUGGAAAAUGAGGAAGACAUUUAGUAGCCUAAUGUGUAUGCUAUGGUUCCAAAAUAAUCUUACAAUAAGAAUGUUAGUUAUUUAAUUAUUUAGAUUGUAGUGAUCCACACUACAGUUUCCAUCAGUGUGGAUAUGUUUCCUUGUUCAGAUAUUCAACUGUCAACAGAUUAGAAUUAUGCUUAUUGGUUGUUCAAACUAAAUAUUGAUAGCACAGGAUUUACAAAUGCCAAACUAUGUAGUGGUCAACGGUUUGUCUUGGAACUUUUGGGAAUUUAAGUAGCGGUUCAACCAUAUCAAUGUAUCCCUCAGGUAAAACAGGUAAUGAUGAUUGUAGAAUGUUCUCUGCAACACCCUUGGGGAUGAAGCCAGUUGAAAUGGCUCGGUGUAAAACCUUCUACACGCCACUGGUGUCUGACAGUUGCUUGUGUUUUGCAUAGACCUCUUUAUACCCACUUGUUUUUGAUGUUAGAGGCCUGACACCUUGUCCCGAAGGCCUGUUUCUCAGUUAUUUUUAGACCUGCUUCAUUUACUCAGUCUCUGUGUCUUGGCACUUGAGUGAAAGUUUUGUAUUAUGUUUCAAUCAUUUCUGCCAUGUGACAUUCAUCAGGUUAUCACUGUUGUUUGUAAACAGUUUUGGACUAGCCAGUACAGUUUAAUAUGCUUCAUGUUAUUAGUUUAACCCCUCCAUUGUAUGAGUUGAGAAAGUUCAUUCAUAAAACCGCUCAAAUAUCCUCCAUUUCCAGGUGGUUUGGAGGGGAAGCUGGAAAAUGGGUGAACCGGAUUUUAAGAGACAUUUUUUUGUAUUUCAAACCAAAGGUUUGACAGGCACUGCAUCACUGUGGGCUAACGCUGGGAUAUUUAUACAUGCACCCUGUCAACCAGCUUUGUGUACAGUCAGUUUGCGUCAACUGAUUUUAUUGUAAAACUUUUUUAAAUAAAAAUGGUAAAUAGC